CCCAGACAACCCAUACUCCUCUUCCACUCCUCAAAUCCCUCCUCCACCAACCGCAUAACCAUUGAUCGACCCCUUUUUUCCAAACUCCCCAAUCCCUCAAUUCCCCUUCCCAAACCUUCCUCCAAACAAAAAUCCAAAUCCAAGUAACUGCAGACCUCAGACAUCCAAAAAUCAUGUCUUCAGGAGAAAGUUGAGUGGAAUAAGGCAAGAGAGAAGAGUGAAGGAACAAAGGGAAGUAAGAAAACGAAGAAGGUAGUUACGAAGGGAAAGGAAAAUCAUAGGAAUUAUCAUAUUUAUGAACGUUUGUACCCAUUUAACUCAAAAACUGGACUUUUGAAAAAUAAAAGGCGGAAAGGUUCUGAUAAGCAUCGAAGACAUAUUAUUGGCUUUCAUUCAACUGCAAAAACAACCUUGCUUUGAAGAAACUUUCUGAUUCUUUACAAUUAAAAGAAUGAUACUUAAGACCCAACUCCAAUAGAAGGUCAAGGAAGAAAACCAGAGGUUUAAAUCUGAGCGAGAGAGAUAGUUGAACUAUUAGUUGUGAAAGCAACAAGAUUCCAGUUUCUAUUUCAACUAACGAGAUUCAUUUUUCAAAAGAAGGCAAUUCUACUCAAGAUUUACUUGACCAAGCAGGACAUUUUAUCGAUAUGUUGAAAAAGUUUAAGGAUAUUUAGGGCAAACAAUUUGACACUUCAGACAUUUUCAAAGAGACUGCUAGAAUAUCACAGCAAUCUAAAAAUAUAGAAGCUUAUGAAAACCUAUGUCUCAACCAGUACCCUGAUCUGACCGAUCUUCAAAUUUCUGAAAAUCUAAGAAUCGAAGAAAUUGAAUAUCGAAAUCUCACCUCAAGCAGACACAAUAGACUAAAUCUAUCUAUUCCUCAUGCUCAGGUCUCCUCAGUCCUCACUAAAUCAGUACACUUUCAAGAAGAUAGUCAGAUUGGGCAAGAACAUUGACCUAUUCUUUUCUGAUUAUAAUUGCUCGAGUCAAGAAGUUUAUACCAGAGAGGAUUCAGAAGAUAUUAAAGAAGAGCAAGAAGCAAACAUUUUCGAUAAAAAAUUCCUUAAAAAGACAGCAAAGAAAUAUUAAGUAGACUCUAAAGCACUUCCUAUUAAUUACUACUCACCACCUCCAAAAUGAUAAACCAAAAACACAACUCUCAAGGUACUUCCCCCUCACCAUCAUCACUCCUCUUCCAAACGCCGUUCCAUCCUCCACAAUCCCCUCCAUAUUCCUGCCCAAAUCCCUUAAUUUCCUCUUAAGUCCUUCUAAAAUUCUAAUUUCCCUGUAA